GCGCCUCAGCUGAGGAGCGGGCAGUGGGUGGGAGGCAGAGGGUGAACUUAAACCUCACGGCCAGGUGGGGGGUCGGCGAGCGCUGAGCUAGUGGCGGAGGACGCGGACCAAACUGCUAUAGGCAUUGUGGACAAAAGGCCGGACGCCUGCGUUUUUGGGGGUGGUGGAAGAAAGGAGGGAACAGAGGGGCGGGGCUGAGCGCGCACGCGCGCGCGCGAGAAUGUGAAGAUGGCGGAGCUGCAGAUGCUGCUGGAGGAGGAGAUCCCGGGGGGGCGCCGGGCCCUCUUCGACAGCUAUACCAACCUCGAACGGGUGGCCGAAUAUUGCGAGACCAACUACAUCCAGUCACCAGAUAAACAACGGGCUCUAGAAGAAACCAAAGCAUACACAACUCAGUCCUUAGCUAGUGUAGCCUAUCUGAUCAACACUUUGGCAAAUAAUGUUCUGCAAAUGCUGGAUAUCCAGGCCUCCCAGCUUAGGCGUAUGGAAUCUUCAAUCAACCACAUUUCACAAACAGUUGAUAUACACAAGGAAAAAGUGGCUAGAAGAGAAAUUGGCAUCUUGACUACGAACAAGAACACUUCAAGAACUCACAAAAUCAUUGCGCCAGCCAACUUGGAACGACCUGUUCGUUAUAUCAGGAAACCUAUUGAUUAUACAAUUCUUGAUGAUAUUGGUCAUGGGGUAAAGUGGUUGCUUAGAUUUAAGGUUAGCACGCAGAAUAUGAAAAUGGGUGGUCUGCCUCGUACCACACCACCCACCCAGAAACCCCCCAGUCCACCAAUGUCAGGGAAGGGAACUAUUGGGCGUCACUCUCCCUAUCGCACACUGGAGCCAGUGCGUCCUCCAGUGGUACCAAAUGACUAUGUACCUAGCCCUACCCGUAAUAUCGCUCCCUCGCAGCAGAGCCCUGUUAGAACAGCUUCUGUGAAUCAGAGGAAUCGCACUUACAGCAGCAGCGGAAGCAGCGGAGGGAGCCAUCCCAGCAGUAGGAGCAGCAGUCGAGAGAACAGUGGGAGUGGAAGUGUGGGCGUCCCUAUUGCUGUCCCUACUCCAUCCCCUCCCAGUGUGUAUCCAGCCCCUGCCAGUUCUGCUGGCACUUCUCCUCUUCCUGCUACUUCUGCCUCUGCUUCCGCCCCUCUCACUCCUGCCACUGUCCCAUCCUCUGCUACCCCAGAUGUUGCUGCUGCUGCUGCAGGGGUUCAGCCCCUUGCUGAUGGCUUCACUUCUCCAACUCCCCCUGCUGCCUCUUCCAAUCCCUCUUCAGGUCAUCCUGUUCAGUUCUACAGCAUGAACAGACCGGCUACUCGGCACACACCUCCAACAAUAGGGGGUUCUUUGCCAUAUAGGCGCCCUCCAUCCAUCACUUCACAGAACAGCCUUCAAAGCCAGGUCAACGGAGGACCAUUUUAUAGCCAGAAUCCAGUGUCUCUUGCACCACCUCCUCCCUCCAUCCUACAGGUAACUCCUCAGUUACCGUUAAUGGGAUUUGUGGCCAGAGUUCAGGAAAACAUUUCAGACACACCUCCCCCUCCACCCCCAGUAGACGAAGCCGUUUUUGAUGAAUCUCCACCACCACCCCCUCCUCCAGAGGAUUAUGAAGAAGAAGAAGCAGCUGUGGUGGAAUACAGCGAUCCUUAUGCUGAAGAGGAUCCACCAUGGGCACCAAGGACCUAUUUGGAGAAAGUUGUGGCAAUUUAUGAUUACACUAAAGACAAGGAAGAUGAACUUUCCUUUCAGGAAGGUGCCAUCAUCUACGUCAUUAAGAAAAACGAUGAUGGGUGGUAUGAAGGUGUGAUGAAUGGAGUAACUGGACUCUUCCCCGGAAACUAUGUAGAGUCCAUCAUGCACUACUCAGAAUGAAGACCACUAUGGCAAGAGACAGAACCAAGAGAUUGUUGGGCUGGCCAGGUCCCUUUGGCAGCUUGGGGGGAACCUGGGCACCUGAAGGAAGGAUCAUUGUAACAAAACCACUCCCCUUUUCUCCUUUUUAUAAAAUGGUGAUUUGAAUUGUUUUGAAGAAUGGCUCUUCCAUUUGCCAGCAGCGACCAAUGACCAAUAUUAAUGAGCUGACUGAUCAACAUGUAGAUACAGAGAUGUAAUGAACUUGCCAGUAAAGGGAUCCAUUACUCAAAUUGAGACCCAUUCAGUCAAAACAUGGGAUUUUUUUUUUCCUCAGGAAUACCAUGCCUGGUAUUGGGGCAUCUUGGAUGUUAGCUCUGAAGGCUUUGUUAGGCUAUCUGCCAUCUCUUUCUCCCUCCUUAUUCUGCACAUAUUACUGCUGGAUGUGUGAUAUUGUUCUGGCAAACAUUCUGAUAUCACACACCGACUGGGUCUCAGCUUGGUUCCUUGCAUCUCUAAUACAGCAAUUCUGCAAUUGUUUCACACAUAUAGCUUGAUAUAGGCUUUUAAGGAGCUGUUUCAUUUCUUCUUACAGGAGGACGUAACAUCAGAGAUAAUCUCCCAAUAUGUUGAGACUUCCAAGUCAUAAACUGGGCCUCUUUUAUAUCAUUCAAUUAUUUUUUAAAAAGUUGGACUAAAGAUCAUGAAGGACGAUAAAGCUUGACAUUCUAAAAAUGGCCUCUGUCCUUCAUAUAAUUAUAUAGCAGCCUUAUUCAGCCCUCAGUAUGCAAAAUAUUUAUGAAAUGGUUUAAAUCUGCCCUCCUGAUAGUGUUCAAAAACUGCUUUCAGUCAGGCUUUAGCCCUUGUUGUUACAAAGGCUGACGGCAGUCUUCUAAAAUUACCAUUGCCUCGUGUUUUAUAAUUUGGGAGUUAGAAAGGGAUAUAAGUAUUUUAUAGAGAAAGGCUUUGUCUGAAUUGAUUAGCCUGCUUCAGUUGACUAUAGCCUGUCCAAUUCAGAAUAAAUGUGUACUAGUGACAUUGGCCAUUAGUUCUAUUUCAGAUUUUAAUACAUACCAUUCGGGACCUGUGAAAGCAGACCAAGGGCUGUUGGUUUUCUUUGAAUGCAGAUUUAGAAACUGACAAAAGCAUGCAUUAUUUUUUCUCCCACCAGUAAAUAUGUGGGUGAUUUUCCAACGUGGCAAUGGAAAUCUGCUAUAAUGUCUGUAGGCAUUUUAGCAACAAGCUAGAGGAUAUACAGAAUAUGUUUAUUUUUGUUAUCCAGAAUCAUGGAGCAAUCAGAUUCAGGCAUGAAGUGAGGUGGGAAGGUGUGAACUCUUUUCUGUACUGUUGACCAUAGUCCUUAUGAAGCUUGCUUUUGCUUAGCUGCUGUUUUCAUGCUGAUAGCAGCUGAAUUGGGGGGAUUAUGAGAAGAACCUGAAGGGUUUUGUAUUAGCUCUGUGGUGUAUUGUGAGACGUUAAGUUUACCUAUAUGCCACAAUCCCAGCCCAAUUCCUCACUGCUGAUUAACAUAAUAAAUGUUCCCCCAAAUACAUAGAAUAUAAUAUUUCUUUUUAAGACAUUGUAAACAUUUCAUACUUCUUACUCUUAGUUGAUUUGCUGGGUAUAUUGCUCAAUAUAAUGUUUCAGUAUUCAUGUACUUGGAACACUGAUUGUAGUAGUCAGCCUUCCUUUCUCACAUAAGCUAGCCAUACAUUUACUAACCAUCUUCUGAAUUAUACAGAUUAUGUUGGUAUAGCUUCCGUGGCUUCCUCUGUUGCUUGUUUGUGCCAUUACUAAACCUCAGGUGCUACCAAAAGUCAUUAACUUAGCAUCAAUUGUUGUAGCUCCCAUUAGUGGGACUGCUAAUGAGAUCCAGGUCCCUUCAUAGAUUGCUAUUUCAAAGCUUGAGACCCACUGUGAUAAUGUUUGUUGUCACUGGCACGCAAAAACAAAAAACAAGAUAAUCAAAGCUGCCUCCUCCUUUUUAAUGGUGUCAGUAUUGCAAGGUAUAGAUGGGUGGGAGUUCAAUUGCAUUCUGUGACCAUCAGUUUGCCUUUACUGGCACCCCACCCCCAACAGAUUCCAGUACUUAUAGAAUAAGGAUCACUGAGGACUGGCUUGUUUGAAGGCAUCCAGAUUUGAUUUGUCUAAGAGAGAAGGGUAUCGCUGAAAGCUGGAUGUAUUUGUAGAUGUUAGAGUACUGGAGCCAGCUUCUUGCAUAAACAUGAAUUGAGAAUAUGAGUUAUGAUGAGAGCCUGAUCUAUUAGCACAAGGGGUAAAUUUCUACAAAGGGCCAAGCAUGAUGGGUAUGCAUAUAGAUAUUACUGUGUAAUAUCAUAUGUGUGGUGUUAAGGUGUACAGUCUUGAGACACAACCUACCAUAUGAAGAUGGAAAUGCAGCCUCCAUCAGUAUGCUUGUUGUAAGUGCUGCCACUGUUCCAUGGGGACCCAACUAAGAGAAGACUCUGCUCUGAGAAGUUGAAAGUACAACUUUAAUACUUGUUUGGAGCUUUGGAAUAGGAUUCUGCUUCAAAGAUCAUUCAUCAGUGGCAUCCUGAUUUCUCCUGACUUUUGCAGAGCCUACCAAGAGGAUGAACAAAAGAGGUCAGGGGUUAUGGCAAAUUAUUCUGGACAAAUUUUGUGGACUAUGUGGCUCAGUUCUGAAAAACUAAAGUUAACAUUUAUCCGUUUAAACAUACUGGGUGUUGUGCCUGCAGGCUAUGAGCUAAUGUUGCAAACAAUUUCUUUAGAAUGGAAAACUUGACCAACAGCUGAUUAGGAAAGCAGCAUAACAAUACAGCUUAUUCAAAUUUCCUCUCCCAAUUUUUCAUAUUCUGCUUUUUUUUGUCAUUACUGAUGCAGUUAUUGUCUGGGACUGUGCUUUUUAUGGUUUCAUCAACUUCUGAAGAACACAUCCCCCCCCCCAACAAUCUUAUUUUCCUUUUUCAGAAACAGGUUGCCUUAACAAUCCUUCACAUGUGAUUUCUCUGCUGUUCUGGGAAAUGUUACACUUGUUUUUGGUUGUAGAAAAGACUGGUGUUACUCCUGGAGCUCUGUUAUUGAAAAGUCGGUAAUGGGAAUUCUUAACUCUGUCCCUUUGCAAGACCUAAACCACAACAUUUUAUUCCUAGAACAAAUAGAAAUUGAAUGAUGAUUCUAUGGCAGAACAUAAAUGAACCCUGACUAUUUCCUGGCCAUGGAAGGGAGGGUUGGAGAAGGUUUAUGUUUUUAUUGAUAGCCUUUUUGUUUUCCUGUUUCAAAGUGCUUUCAGUAUCACAUGAUUUUUAUAAGAUGUUACUCAUUUGCUUGUUUGGGGAGAAACUGUACAGCUUCUAUGGAGGGCAAGGCCACAGUUCCCUUAUAAGAAAUUGGAACUCUCUGAUUGUAUGACUGCUUCCUGUAUCCUCCAGACAGACCAAGAUCAUCUUCCUGCAAAGUUCUGCAGAGGGUGUUUACAGAUUCCUUGCCUCCUGCUGGUUUAAUGCUUUUAUUCUGCAAUACUAAUGUUGUGAAAAUAAUCCUUGGAUUUUAUGCUUAUUUUUUAUUUUGUACAAUUUUGAACUAUGUAGAAUGCCUAUGGAUGAUGCUAUGUACAAGGCCCAAAGUAAUCGGACUCUGUGUGUAUGUAAUGUUACAUAGACUGCAUGUUAUAUCAAGACAGUGAGAGUGGUUUUUCAAAUAUCAUUUACUAUUUUUCCCAACUUACUUUUUUUUUUCCACUGGUGUUUAAUUAAGAAAAAGGGGUGAAGAGGAGGGGCCUGGAUUUCUCCCUUGUACCUAUCCUCUUUCCCUAGUCCUGCUGUAAAGCUAUUAAAUAUGUUGAACACUCCACA